AAUAUCCAUCGGCGCACGAACGCGGCCUCCUCCUCCGGCUCCGAUCCGGCCUCGCUUCCUCCUCCUCCUCCUCCUCUCCACCGCCGGCCGGCCGAUCCGAUCCGAUCCGAUCCCCAUCCACGCAGCGCUCCCGCGGAGAUCGAGGCCCUCCUCGGGUCGGACCGACCCGCGGCGCGAGAUUCAGAUUCGGUUUUCUUGGGUGUGGGGAGAGGGAGGGAGGGAGGAGGAAGAUGGGGGCGUGGAUGUCGCGGGUGUGGUUCCUGAUGUUCCCGGCGAAGGAGUACAAGAUCGUCGUCGUCGGCCUCGACAACGCCGGCAAGACCACCACGCUCUACAAGCUCCACCUCGGGGAGGCCGUCACCGCCGCCCCCACCAUCGGCAGCAACGUCGAGGAGGUCGUCUUCAAGAACAUCCGGUUCGAGGUAUGGGACUUAGGAGGACAAGAGAGUCUACGCACCUCAUGGGCGACGUACUAUAGAGGAACCCAUGCUGUAAUUGUAGUAAUCGACAGCACAGACCGUGCCCGGAUCAACAUAAUCAAGGAUGAGCUCUUCCGGUUGCUUCAGCACGGAGACCUUGAAGGCGCAGUGGUUCUCGUGUUUGCAAACAAGCAGGAUCUCAAGGACGCCAUGUCGCCAGCUGAGAUCACAGACGCCCUCUCACUCCACAGUAUAAAGAACCACGACUGGCACAUACAAGCCUCAUGCGCAAUCACCGGUGAGGGCCUCUACGACGGGCUUGGCUGGAUAGCUCAGAAAGUUGCUGGCAAGGCUACAACAAGCUAACGAACAUCGCCUGUAUUUCCAUGGAUCUGUUGGAGGUGGCAGGUUGUGUUUGUUAUUGCUGCUGCCACUCUCGGUGUUUAUUUUGUGUCUCAAAUCUGAAAACUGUGUCUGUAUUCCCUCCCACCAAUCUGAAUAUAAAAAAUCAAAUUUGUGCCUUAUCAAC